GGCCGCGCUGCGGCGGCCGCGGAGCUGCGCCCCCGUUGAGGGAGGAGGAGGAGGGGCAGCCGCCCCCGUUCCAUGAGCGGCGCCCGCCCGCCCCGCUCUGCCCAGGGGACCCGCGGCCGGUGGCCGCCGCAGCGCCAGCAGCAUGUGGAGCCCGACCGAGGAGGAGAAAUACGGCGUGGUGAUAUGCAGCUUCCGAGGAGCUGUGCCGCAAGGCUUGGUCCUGGAGCUGGGGGAGACCGUGCAGAUCCUGGAGAAGUGUGAAGGGUGGUACAGAGGUGUUUCCAUUAAGAAGCCCAAUGUGAAGGGGAUUUUUCCUGCAAACUAUAUUCACUUGAAAAAGGCAGUUGUCAGUAACAGAGGGCAAUAUGAAACAGUUGUGCCACUUGAAGAUUCUGUUGUGACUGAGGUCACAGCAACACUACAGGAAUGGGCUGUGCUCUGGAAACAGCUGUAUGUGAAACAUAAGGUAGAUCUUUUCUACAAACUGCGCCAUGUGAUGAAUGAACUCAUUGACCUGCGCAGACAGCUGCUGUCAGGUCACUUGACGCAGGAUCAGGUGCGAGAGGUGAAGAGGCACCUCACAGUGAGACUGGACUGGGGCAAUGAACAUUUGGGCCUAGAUUUAGUUCCUCGAAAAGACUUCGAAGUUGUGGAUUCCGAUCAGAUCAGUGUGUCAGAUCUUUAUAAAAUGCAUUUGUCAAGUAGACACAGCGUCCAGCAAAGCACGUCACAGGUGGAUACAAUUCGCCAGCGUCACGGAGACGCUUGCCGUAUGCCAGUGCCUCAUCACUUCUUCCUCAGUCUGAAGAGUUUCACCUACAAUACAAUUGGAGAAGACACUGAUGUCUUUUUUUCUUUAUAUGAUGUUCGAGAAGGCAAGCAGAUCAGUGAGAGAUUUAUGGUGAGGUUAAAUAAGAACGGAGGCCCCAGGAAUCCAGAGAAGAUAGAUCGAAUGUGUGCGCUUUUCACAGAUCUCAGCAGCAAGGACAUGAAGAGAGAUUUGUACAUAGUUGCCCAUGUAAUUCGAAUAGGUCGCAUGUUGCUAAAUGACUCAAAAAAGGGGCCCCCACAUUUACACUAUCGCCGCCCCUAUGGCUGUGCAGUGUUGAGCAUCAUGGAUGUACUUCAGUCGAUCUCUGAAAUAAAAGAGGAGAAGGAUUUUGUUCUCAAAGUUUACACGUGUAACAAUGAAAAUGAAUGGUGUCAGAUCCAUGAAAACAUCAUUCGCAAGUCCAGCACCAAAUACACAGCACCCAGCUCCAACUAUGGACUUAUAAUAUCUCUUCAGCUUCUUCGUGGUGACAUGGAGCAGGUUCGGAGGGAAAACCCCAUGAUCUUUAACAGAGGUGUUUCUGUUACCAGAAAGCUGGGUUUCCCCGAUGUCAUAAUGCCAGAGAUGAAGAUAGUUGGGUGUGAUAUACGCAAUGACUUAUACCUGACACUGGAGAAGGGAGACUUUGAAAGAGGUGGGAAAAGCGUGCAGAAGAACAUUGAAGUGACCAUGUAUGUUCUGUACGCAGAUGGAGAAAUCUUGAAGGAUUGCAUCAGCCUGGGCUCAGGAGAGCCAAGCAGGAGUGCCUACCACUCUUUUGUCCUUUACCACAAUAACAGCCCUCGAUGGGGGGAAAUCAUCAAGCUGCCCAUCCCCAUUGACAGGUUUCGUGGGUCUCACCUCCGCUUUGAGUUCAGACAUUGCUCCACAAAAGACAAGGGAGAAAAGAAGCUCUUUGGGUUUGCAUUCACUCCAUUGAUGAGAGAUGAUGGCACUACCUUGUCGGAUGAUAUCCAUGAGCUUUAUGUUUAUAAGUGUGAUGAGAACAGCACGUUUAAUAACCACGCGCUCUAUCUGGGGCUGCCCUGCUGCAAAGAGGACUACAACGGCUGCCCCAAUAUUCCUUCCAGUCUCAUUUUCCAGCGCAGCACCAAAGAGUCCUUUUCUGUCUCCACGCAGCUUUCUUCUACCAAACUGACCCAGAAUGUGGAUUUGCUUGCCCUCCUGAAAUGGAAAGCUUACCCCGAUCGUGUGAUGGAUAUUCUAGGAAGGCUGAGACAUGUCAGUGGCGAGGAAAUUGUUAAGUUCCUUCAAGACAUUCUGGACACACUGUUUGUAGUUUUGGAUGACAACACCGAGAAGUAUGGCUUGCUGGUCUUUCAGUCUUUGGUGUUCAUCAUAAAUCUGCUGCGUGACAGCAAGUAUUUUCAUUUUCGACCUGUGAUGGACACUUACAUUCAGAAGCACUUUGCAGGAGCACUGGCUUAUAAAGAACUGAUCCGAUGUUUGAAGUGGUACAUGGACCGUUCAGCUGAGCUCGUACGCCAAGAUCACAUCCAGGAGGCAAUGAGAGCCUUGGAAUAUCUUUUCAAGUUCAUUGUCCAAUCUCGGAUCCUUUACUCCAGAGCUACGUGUGGAAUGGAGGAGGAGCAGUUCCGCUCCAGCAUCCAAGAGCUUUUCCAGUCCAUCAGAUUUGUGCUCAGCUUGGACAGCAGGAGUUCUGAGACUCUCAUCUUCACACAGGCUGCUUUGCUGAACUCCUUCCCCGCUAUCUUUGAUGAGCUGUUGCAGAUGUUCACUGUGCAGGAAGUAGCAGAGUUUGUGAGGGGCACUCUGGGCAGCAUGCCCAGUACUGUACACAUCGGGCAGUCAAUGGACGUCGUUAAGCUGCAGUCCAUUGCGCGUACUGUCGACAGCCGCCUGUUCUCCUUCUCAGAGUCCCGACGCAUCCUGCUUCCUGUGGUUCUUCACCACAUUCACCUUCACCUACGACAGCAGAAGGAACUUCUCAUCUGCUCUGGGAUUCUGAGUAGUAUCUUCUCCAUAAUCAAGACCAGCUCUUUGGAGGGAGAUGUCGUGGAGGAGGUUGAGAUGAUGGUGGAAAGCCUCCUGGAUGUGCUUUUACAAACUCUGCUAACAAUCAUGAGUAAAUCGCAGUCUCAGGAGGCGGUAAGAGGGCAGCGUUGCCCGCAGUGCACAGCAGAAAUCACUGGAGAAUACGUGUCCUGUCUUUUAUCUUUGCUUCGUCAGAUGUCAGACACUCAUUUCCAGCACUUGCUGGACAACUUCCAAAGCAAGGAUGAACUAAAGGAGUUCCUCCUGAAGAUUUUCUGUGUAUUUCGGAACCUCAUGAAAAUGAGUGUCUUUCCUCGAGACUGGAUGGUGAUGAGGUUGCUCACCAGCAAUAUCAUAGUUACAACAGUUCAGUACCUGUCUUCUGCACUGCACAAGAAUUUCACAGAAACGGACUUUGACUUUAAAGUGUGGAACUCUUAUUUCAGCCUGGCGGUGCUGUUCAUAAACCAGCCAAGCCUCCAACUAGAAAAUGCCACACCAGCUAAGAGAAAGAAGAUAAUAGAUAAAUAUGGUGAUAUGAGAGUGAUGAUGGCAUAUGAGCUCUUCAGCAUGUGGCAGAACUUAGGGGAGCAUAAGAUUCACUUUAUUCCGGGAAUGAUUGGCCCUUUUCUUGGUGUGACACUCGUCCCACAGCCAGAAGUCCGGAAUAUCAUGAUUCCCAUCUUCCAUGACAUGAUGGACUGGGAGCAGAGAAAGAAUGGCAACUUCAAACAGGUGGAAGCUGAGUUGAUCGAUAAGCUGGACAGCCUGGUAUCUGAAGGAAAAGGUGAUGAGAACUACAGAGAACUCUUCAGCCUGCUAACCCAGCUCUUUGGGCCUUAUCCCAGUUUGCUGGAGAAGAUUGAGCAGGAGACGUGGCGAGAGACUGGAAUCUCUUUUGUUACAUCGGUAACUCGCCUCAUGGAGCGCCUGCUGGACUACAGGGACUGUAUGAAAGGCGAUGAAACAGAGAACAAGAAAAUCGGUUGCACUGUUAACCUUAUGAAUUUCUAUAAAUCAGAAAUUAACAAGGAAGAGAUGUACAUCCGCUACAUCCACAAGCUGUGUGACAUGCACUUACAGGCUGAGAACUACACAGAGGCUGCAUUUACUUUGCUUUUGUACUGUGAGUUACUUCAGUGGGAGGACAGACCUCUGAGAGAGUUCCUGCAUUACCCAUCUCAGUCAGAGUGGCAACGUAAGGAAGGUCUGUGCCGUAAGAUUAUCCAUUACUUCAACAAAGGGAAGAGCUGGGAGUUUGGAAUCCCGCUGUGCAGAGAGCUGGCCAUGCAGUACGAAAGUCUCUACGACUACCAGAGCCUCAGCUGGAUUCGGAAAAUGGAAGCCACCUAUUAUGAUAAUAUCAUGGAACAGCAGCGCCUGGAACCGGAAUUCUUCAGAGUUGGUUUUUAUGGUCGAAAAUUCCCAUUCUUCCUGCGGAACAAAGAAUACGUGUGUCGGGGCCACGACUAUGAGAGGCUGGAAGCCUUUCAGCAGAGGAUGUUGAGCGAGUUCCCACAAGCCAUUGCAAUGCAGCAUCCGAACCACCCAGACGACUCUAUAUUACAGUGCGAUGCCCAGUAUUUACAGAUCUAUGCUGUGACUCCCAUCCCCGACAGCAUCGAUGUGCUGCAGAUGGACCGCGUCCCUGACCGAAUAAAGAGCUUCUACCGAGUCAAUAACAUCCGGAAGUUCCGCUAUGACAGGCCUUUCCACAAGGGCCCCAAGGACAAGGACAACGAGUUUAAGAGCUUGUGGAUUGAACGCACCACUCUGACCUUGACUCACAGCUUACCUGGGAUCUCCCGUUGGUUUGAAGUGGAAAGAAGAGAACUGGUUGAAGUAAGUCCUUUGGAAAAUGCCAUUCAGGUGGUUGAGAACAAAAAUCAGGAGUUAAGAACGCUGAUAAGCCAGUACCAGCAUAAACAAAUGCAUGGUAAUAUUAAUCUUCUCAGCAUGUGUCUGAAUGGAGUGAUUGAUGCAGCUGUGAAUGGGGGAAUUGCGAGAUACCAGGAGGCCUUUUUUGAUAAAGAUUAUAUCACAAAGCACCCUGGAGAUGCAGAGAAGAUCACACAGCUUAAGGAGCUCAUGCAGGAACAGGUGCAUGUCUUAGGAGUGGGGCUGGCAGUCCAUGAGAAAUUUGUCCAUCCAGAAAUGCGUCCUCUGCAUAAGAAACUGAUAGACCAGUUCCAGAUGAUGAGAUCCAGUUUGUACCACGAGUUGCCUGGUUUGGAUAAGCUGAGCCCAGCGUGUUCUGGCAGUAGUACACCUCGCAGCAAUAUUCUAGUUUCCCAUGGACCUAUGAGCCCAGAGAGCAUAAAGCUGCUUCAUCGACACAGCCCACUGAACUUACUUGGCUCAGUCCGACACUCAUCAUCCUCUUUGUCAUCCCACACCUCCAGCGAAACAGGGAACCUGGUUAUCCUAACAGACAGCUCAGUGGGGGAGGCUGCGGAGGAGAUGUACCACAUGCAGGCCAGCCCAUCCACCUCCAGCCUGAGCUCCACACACUCAGCACCAUCCCAGAUGAUUAACUCUGCUCCUUCCAGUGCGCGAGUGCUGGUGAAAGGUGGUGGAUUGACAACACUGGAGGCUGAAGCCCUCUAUUUACCCACAGAACAGAUACAGCAUGGGCGACAGCCGUGCAAGCUUCCCCACACUGCCCCUACCAAUGUGCCUCAUCUCUGUCCUGGAGGGACCACCUCUAGAGGCUCUCCCUCUCUACCAGAUAAGUACCGCCACACAAGGGAGCUGAUGAUGUUGUUGCCAACCCACCGGGACCGGCCCAGCAGUGCCAUGUACCCCGCAGCUAUCAUGGAAAACGGACAGCCUCCAAAUUUUCAGCGCGCCUUCAUGCAGCAAAUGAUUGGACCGUGCAAACCUUGCAGCGAUCCCAACCUCUCCGUGGCUGAGAAAGCUGUGCCAGCAGCGCCCAGUAGCUGGAGCCUAGACAGCGGAACCAGAGAGGCCCUGCCAUUCCUAUCUGUCCACGUUGGGAGCAUCUUGGCCCCACCAGUACCUCCCCGAAGCCUGCCCCAUGGACACUACUCACUGCACUUUGAUGCCUUCCAUCACCAGCUCAAUGAUGCUCCUCCGGCACUGCCUGCACGAACAUUGCGCAAGUCCCCUCUUCAUCCCAUCCCUGCAUCACCCACCAGUCCACAGUCUGGUCUAGAUGGAAGCAACUCCACUUUAUCCGGCAGUGCAAGCAGUGGCGUCUCCUCCUUGAGCGAGAGUAAUUUUGGACAUUCCUCCGAACCACCUCCUCGCACCGACACCAUGGAUUCUGUCCCCAGCCAGGCCUGGAACACUGACGAAGAUCUAGAGACACCCUACCUCCCUGUGAGGUACAGUCUCUCUGAGCCUGACGUCCUCGAGUCACUCAAAUCCCAGCCAUGCCGAAGCCACUCAGCUCCGUCAGGAGUCAUUCCUCAGGACACCCUGGACCCUCCUGCUCUACCCCCCAAACCUUACCACUCCCGGCUGCAAAACACAGAGAAUGAGGAAGGAAUGAUAAUUGAAGAUGACGACAAACACCGCCAGUUGCAUCGUAAAGUGUCCCAGCCUGUGAGUGGUGGAAAGGAAGAGCAGGCCAGGGUAGCAUGGGAGCACGGCAUCAGUGAGCAGUAGGAACAACUGCUGGUAAGCAGCUUGCGUUGUCAUUCCAGAUGUGACCAGAGCGCAGAGCUGAGGACUCGGAGAACAACAAGCUGACUUCUACUGCCACAAGCUUGGCUGGAGCCCGCAUACGCAACUGGGCCAGCAAGGGAGGUUGCUGCUUUCCUUUCAAGUUUCCUUUUACACCUUUCCGUUACGUUUUUUUAACUUUCUGUGCAAUGGAUGGUUAUUCCUUCUGCAGUUUCUUAACUGCACCGCAUGGCACACAAGCCAUAGAGACUUGCAGAAGCUGAAAAGUACAGUCUUAAGCGGAGGAGGAAGAAGAAGGAAAGGUGGAAAGCUGAUUUUGAAACUGGUUUCCUCUCAGCUCUGGGACACACUUGAGUAGAAGCAGUUGCACUAGGGACACAUUUUAUUGCUGUACAGAAAUGAAAGCUCAUUGCUGAAAUCAGGGAUUUUAUGAACUGUCAGUCUGGAAGGUGCAUGAGGAGCAGGCAGUGGAAAGAUGGCAAUUCUAAGAAGAUAUUGGCUCUUUUGAGAGCAAGAUUGUACAUAUCUGUGCAGUGAUCUCCCUGCAUUGGUUCAUAGGUGCUGAGGCAAUUAACCAGUGCUGAUGCACUGAUUUCCAAGAUACCAUUUCCAACAAACUCUGCCUCCUUUGUUUUUUAUGUACUGUUUGAUUUCUUAAAAUUUGCUUUCACUGGCUAAACCAACCUGCUUUCUCAUUGGAGUCAUGCUGUUCAUCUGUGUUACAGGAUGAGGGGGAGGUUAGUAGCCACUGGAGCUGUGACUUGAUUGUAGGCCUUUCCCAUGCCCAGCUUUGGGCAGGCUGUCAACACCAGCAUUUCUAUUCCAGUUAAAAGAAAAUAAAAAGUUCUUUAUGCCACAGCUGGUUGAUGACUCACCAGUAAAGAAAAAGUGGCUAAAUGCAUGACAUCUACUAUUCCUUGCCUCAGGGCUGAACAUCACAAUUCUCACUAACUUCCAUCACCCAGGAGCUGAGAUCCAUUACCCAAAACCGUCAUUCCUCAGCCCCCCUCCAAAAGUCACUGCAGCUGGCGUGGAGGAUGUCCAUCUCUCACAGUAGGCAGAUGCAAGAAAUGCUCAGUGUAGUAUGCGCCCUAGAGUCAGAAAUCUUAAAGGCAGCCUGUAAAGAAGGAACAUUUCUUUCCUCUUUUGCUCUUUAGAAAGUAUGAAGAAGUUGUAAGAGCUCCUUCUCUCUUUUUGAAGGUUUUGGUUCUUUUCUCUUCAUGUGGCGAUACAGCCCUCUCCCCCUAGCUUUUUUUAUGGUCAGGCUCCAGAAAGGGAUGAAGAAUUCAGUGCAGGUGGGAGAUCUAGAAAAAAAGAAAAAAGAAAAAAAAAAAUCAAACAAAAACAAGAAA